AUGGAAAAGAUAGCGUGGAACACAUUUCAAGAGCUUCCAGGAAUUGUCGAAAAGUGCAAACUUUUUCGUGACCAAGAUAAUAUUAUCAAGCGCCCGACUAAAGAGCAGCAGGGCAAUCUGUCAAAUUCAUCCCCACCAGAUAAAGGGAGGUCAUUGGAAGACGUCAUUCAGGAUACCGAAGAGAUUCUGUCCUAUCGAUUUAGUACUGGCCACCCGAGGUUUUUCUCCUUUGUGCCAGCACCAGCAUCGCCACUAUCAUGGCUCGGCGAUGCUAUUACCACCGCCUUCAACAUCUACGCAGGGAGUUCCGAAUCGGGAGCUGGCGUUAGUGCGAUUGAAAACUCCAUCAUCCGCUGGGUGGCUGAGAGAUUUGGAAUGCCCCCCUCAGCUGGAGGGCAAUUUGUUUCUGGUGCCUCAAUUGCCUGCUUAACCGCAUUGAUUGUCGCUCGCGAUCAGCUUGUGGAAGAUGACAUGCGUACAAAGGCGGUGGCAUAUUUGUCAGAUGAGACGCACUUUUGUGUUGCAAAGGGACUUCGUAUUACUGGACUUCUCGAGCACCAAAUACGGACUGUGCCUUGCAAUGCAAAAUUUCAAAUGGACCCGGAUAAUCUUCGCAGUACCAUCGCUCAGGAUAUAAAAGAUGGCCUAAAGCCUUAUGUGGUCGUUGCAACCUGUGGAACAACGAGUACCGGAAGUAUCGAUCCCAUGGAUACAAUCGCAGAUAUAGCCAAGGAGCACAACAUGUGGAUGCACGUUGAUGCCGCCUACGGAGGCUCAGUUGCUUUUUGCGAAUCCAAGAGAAACCUUCUGCAAGGCCUGGGUCGCGCUGACAGCAUUGCCUGGGACCCACACAAAUGGCUGUUUCAGCUUCUUGGAUGCAGCCUUGUCGUUUUCAAGGAGAAAAGCCUUCCAGCCAAGAGCUUUGCGGCGGGAGCACAUUUCCUGCGCGACCUCGAAGAUGGUGGAAACCAAAACCCUUAUAAUUAUGGGAUAGAACUGUCCCGACCCGCUCGGCAUAUGAAGCUCUGGUUUUCGCUGCAAAUUCUGGGAACAGACAUGAUUGAUCAGAUGAUCUCGCGCGGGUUCGAACUCGCCGACCUCGUCGAGAGUGAAAUAAGGAAGCUAGCGGACUGGGAAAUAGUAACGCCUAAUGCUCUGGCGGUCCUCAACUUUCGGUUUAAUCCAAAGGGCAUGAAUGCAGACAAUGUCAAUAAGAUCAACGAACUUGUAUCGAAGGAGAUGUCCGAUCAAAACAUCGCAGUCGCGUUUACCACAUGCAUCAAUGGGGUAGUAUGCCUUCGGAUGUGUACCAUUAACCCACGAACCACAGAUAACGAUAUCAGAGAUGUCAUCAAAGCUCUGGAUCAGAACGCACGAGUAAUUAGCAGAAGGUUCCCAAGAACAGGACCAGGUCUCGAUGACAGAGAGAAGGGAUACGCAGCCAUGAAAGACCGUCUGUUAUGCUCAAACAGAGAAAGUGGUGUGUUGCCUGGGUGA